UUUGGGAGAGCAGUGACACUUGUGUGCGGUCCGUUACGUAGAUCAGAAUGGACAUGGCCCUCUUGGAACUUGGACUGGUCGUAUUUGGAUUCAUUCUAUUCCUUGUCCUUUGGCUCAUGCAUUUCAUGUCCAUCAUCUACGUCCGGCUUCAUCUGAACAGGAAAACGACGGACAAGCCGUCGUACAGCAAGCUGGUGGGCGUGUCCCUGCUGAAGCCCCUGAAAGGGGUGGACCCAAACCUCAUCAGCAACCUGGAGACCUUCUUUGAGCUGGACUACCCCAAGUAUGAAAUCCUCCUCUGUGUCCAAGACCACGACGAUCCUGCUGUUGACGUCUGUAAAAAAUUACUUGGAAAAUAUCCCGACGUGGAUGCCAGACUGUUUAUCGGAGGAAGGAAAGUUGGCAUCAAUCCCAAAAUAAACAACCUGAUGCCGGGAUACGAAGGGGCGAAGUAUGACCUGGUGUGGGUGUGCGACAGCGGCAUUCGCGUUAAACCAGACACCCUCACUGAUAUGACCAAUCAGAUGACGGAGAAGGUGGGGCUUGUGCAUGGCCUCCCGUACGUGGCGGACAGGCAAGGCUUCGCUGCGACGUUAGAACAGGUGUACUUCGGGACGUCUCACCCCCGCUCCUACAUCUCGGCCAACGUGACCGGGUUCAAGUGUGUGACGGGCAUGUCCUGCCUGAUGAGGAAGGACGUGCUGGACCAGGCCGGCGGGCUCAUCGCCUUUGCCCAGUACAUCGCCGAAGAUUACUUCAUGGCCAAGGCCAUCGCCGACAGGGGGUGGAAAUUCUCCAUGGCAACGCAGGUCGCUAUGCAAAAUUCGGGAUCGUACUCGAUCGCUCAGUUCCAGUCCCGCAUGAUCAGGUGGGCGAAGCUGCGCAUUAACAUGCUGCCGGGCACGGUGUGCGAGCCCGUGUCCGAGUGCUUCCUGGCGAGCCUGAUCAUCGGCUGGGCCGCGCACUGCUUCUUCCAGUGGAACGUCCUGGUCUUCUUCCUGUGCCACUGCCUGGCCUGGUUCAUCUGCGACUACAUCCAGCUGCGAGGCGUCCAGGGUGGACCCCCGCCCUUCUCCAAGCUGGACUACGCCGUGGCCUGGUUCAUCAGGGAGUCCAUGAGCCUCCGCAUCUUCCUGUCCGCACUGUGGGAUCCCACCAUCAGCUGGAGGACAGGCCGCUAUCGACUACGCUGUGGCGGCACGGCCGAGGAGAUCCUGGACGUAUGACCCCUGGGGGCCAAAGACUUCACACAGAGAGCCUGGACGUAUGACCCCUGGGGGCCAAAGACCUCACACAGAGAGCCUGGACGUAUGACCCCUGGGGGCCAAAGACUUCACACAGAGAGCCUGGACGUAUGACCCCUGGGGGCCAAAGACUUCACACAGAGAGGAAACCCGUAUGACCCCUAGGGGCCAAAGACUUCACACAGAGAGGAAACCAUGGAAACGGAAAAUGAGCUGGAGCAUCGAGUGACAGUGCUUUCGGAGAGAAAAGGCGUGACAGUUCCAACCGGUUUCAGGAAGAAAAAUUCAACCUCAGUCUCGAACUUGAAUUAAUGCAAAGCAAGGUUCUUGUUUUUUAUUAUUUUAUUAUUUUCUUUUUUAAAGAACUGCACUCCUUUUUCCCAGAAGAUGCCUCAGCUCCUCCUUCCUCCGUGCCCAGUUAUUGUGUCAUGAGGAAGGAGGAGUGGAGAAAUGUGUGAGAACGUGAGAGGUAAUAUCUGAUUUCGGUUUUUUUAAAAAUAAAAAUUGGGAGCCAUCCUGAAGAUGGCCAAAGUGUAUGUAACUUAUACCACAGAACUGCAGGUAACAGUGUGUGGAGUGGGCAUGUGGCCAUUCACUGCACUGCAUUUUAUAUGCAGUUAAUCAGAUAACUUGCCUAUUAUGCUAUCUGCAUGUUGUUUUGGCCUAUGUAUUAAAAAUGAAACAUUUGAUGAUGUUUACGAUCACACAAGACUCACAUAUUUAUAGUUAUAUCUAGUUCUGUUAUAUUGCUAUUUGAAUGCAGUGUAAUUAUACUCUCCUGAACAUGGUGUUGCCUUGACUACCAAAAUUAAAUGAGCAGAUCUGGUAGGGCCCCCUAGUAUUGGUGAGAUAAUUUAAGGUGUUAAUUCUCGUUAAGCUUGUUAUGACGGCACGUGUUGGGCAGUCGUUUCUCAAGCUUCAGGAGUUACAGUUUCCCUCCUGAAGUGCUCCAGUUUUUGUCAGUGUCCGUCUGGGUGAAUUUUGUAGUUAUCUUCAAGCUCCAGAUUUAACAAGGCUGCAGUAUUGUAAGACUUUCCUAUAGUAUUAAAAAGAUAUUUUUUUAUUUUGCACCAAUAUCCCACUUGAGCAAUUUGCUACUUACUUUGAUGCGUUUAAGUUUAAGGUAUGUUCAUAGACUAGCAUAGUUAUAUAGGCAACAGCACAAAAUGAUGCCCCUCUCUCGUGUGGUUCAGUUCCUGCUGCAGAGGGUGGGGGUUUCAUUUUGGGGUUAUGCCACUGUGUCCAGAGUUAUGUAGACGACCAUUUGACUUACACAUCUGACUGUCUUUCGGGUUGCGCAAAUACUAGUAAAACAAGAAAACGCCCUGUUUGGAUGACCCGUGAGAGUGAAUCAGUUCAAAUAAAAACCCAUAAGCCCAUGUUGAUUUUUAUUACCUGAAUCUGGCACAGCAGCAUUUAUACGCUGUGGUGUGUACAAAAUAAUUCACCACUGGCUCAGGCAUUAAUAGAAACAUAAUUGAGCCGCAUUAAUAUGAUUUUUCAAGGUUAAUUUUUCAUGGCCUCAGGAACCCCGAUUUGAUAUCUUUUGAAAUGUAAGCCAGUUACAACAUUCUCUUCUCUACUGUGGUUUCACCUUCCCUGGGAAUUUCAAUUUACGAAUUUGCCUUCAAAUCAUUUUUAGUUCCAUGUUCUAACAUGGAAAGCAACAUUAUAAAAAUAAAACUCCUGGCUUGCAAUGGAAAGGUAUUAUUAAAGAUUUUCCCAAAUUAGUGCCACAGGAGCACUUGAAUGUUUUAAUGAAAGGUUUGAAUAAUUUUCUCCAAUAGUUUUGCAAAGAAAGUGGACCCGAACAAGGUUGCGCAUCCCAAAAAACAAAACUGGAUGAUCAUUUCAGCAAAACAUAUUUUUCUUUGAGAGUAUUUAUUGUAUCGCUCGGUUAACCACAAUGUAAGUGUUACAGAAUCCAGUCCUAUGAAUGCCAAAGGUAUUGUGGUUCUCAUUGGACGGCAGAGUGUUUCUGAUCUUUUUCAAUGUUCAACAGUGUUUUUAAACAACGCUGAUUUCUCAACGAUGUUUGGAUGGAACAUGGGAACAGUUUUUUAUGAUUGCUCUUCUCUCUUUUUAAUUGCUGCCAGGAAUUUCUGAGAGGGGACUCUUAUUUUGAAGUGCUACAGUCCUGUGUGCGUCAUGGCCGACUCCUGCACUGUACUGCUUGCUAGCAAGCCGCCAAACCGCUAAUAUAAAUGUUGUUCUGACCGCGUCUGACAUGUCGUCUCCCUUUCGCUUGCCUGACACUGGCCCUGUAGUCCUGUCAACACAAGCUGUUUAAUGCUCACAGAAGUUCAUGGCCUUGCAGCUUCUGUGUUUCAUUCAGAAUCUUGCAUCAAACGAUCCAUGUCAGGCUAUAUUGUGUGGAAUAAUUUAACAAUACAAAACUUGUGUGUGAUAAAUAUGUCAGGCUAGCUGCCCCGUUUGGACCAGUAAACCUGCACCCCUGACCCCCCCUUGGGUUUCGUUAUGUUUCCAGAGAAAAGCGCUCCUCUUUGUGGGUUCUGGCUGCUGCAGUCGAGCCGAAUUCGACGGUCAAAUCGCCUUUAAGCUCAGAUUCUGGUCUUCCUGAGAGUAUCCAGGAGCACAGCGACAGGUGACUGGAGACGCAGAGCUGAAGGUCAAGUGGGGAGAGAGGGAACAGAAAACAGAGGAGGAACAGGAACAGGGAGCUUUGCCAUAGAGAGCACAGGUGUGAACCACCACUGUAUUUGUUUGUGGAACAAAAAAUGAAACAUUUCUGCAUUUUGCUUUGGUUCUUGUAACUUGCAGUACCUUUAACCUUUUUGAAAGUUAUUUUCCUAAAAAAAGGAAAAAGCAGUUUGCUUCAGUAAGAAUUACAAACGAACGUUGGGCUGCAUGUGAAUAACUCGUGAGCAGCACCGUUACCAGUCCACGCUGCUAUAUCGCAGGGUGGGUGGGGGGCAUACGGUUCUUUUUUCCCAGCUGUAGGGGCAGUUUUUUGACGGCCAAACCCAGACCUUCAGCCUUCCUUGCCAGUCGCUGUCUCGCUUCGCAAAUAUUUUGUUAGAAGGCUUGUUGAGAGGGUGUCUAAAACGCACUGUUAAUUUAAUUUAAAAGACCUGUGUUUUUACGUAGGAAUGUAUUGUAUGUGUGGAUAUAUGUGUUUCUGUAUGUGUACGCAUCUGGGCAUAAAUGUGCCAUGGGGUUUUCCCAUACACCCUGUAAUUACUGCCUUUUUUAUCAUCACAAUACAACACGAUUGUGUGUUUGCUCUGUCCAGUGGAGAGAGAGGUCAUUGUUUGUGUUGUUUUUAGUGUUUAUCGAUGUUGCGGUAGGCUGAUGUGGAUUAGACCCUGUGUAGACCUGAACACCUGUGCUCCUGUACACAGGCUCACCUGUGGGCCUGCAGGUCUUUACAACCCCAGUGUUUACCUUUCCUCAGCCUGAGACCGUCAGACCAGCACGUCUUACUGAUGCCCCAGGGCCUGAAUUUAGCACCUGCUUUAUCCCGAAUACUGAAGAGAGAAGCACACAUUCCCCUUCCAACAGUUUAUUACAGUAUGCACUGAAGUUUCUGAAGCUGACUUCAAAUUAUGACAUCUAAAAAUAUAAACACAGGCAAAACAGACUGGCUUCAACACGCUAUUCGCUGUUAAGGAAAUGAGCAAACUAGUGGGGCCUGCAUGUAGCCUGUCCUGUACCUGGGUUUUGGGUUCGCUCCUGCAGUGGGUCUACAUGCAGGUAGUAUGUCAGCUCUCCUUAACAGCUUCUCCCAGCUCCUCCUGUUUUCCUUUGACUGUCUUUAAUUGUUCAGUACAUUUCAUUUACCCCAGUCUGGAUUUAUGAUGUAUGUACUUGAAAUAUCACUGUUAGACCAUUGUUAGAGGGUGUCGUAUAUUUCUGGAUGUUCUCGUGAACCACAGUGUUAUUGCUGAAAUCACUAUGAGGUGCCAUCUGAAAAAUAUGAUCUUAUGGCCCCAGAUGGGGAAAACGGGUGAGCUAUGUGCCACUCAGUGUUUUCUGUGAAUGUUUUCUAUGAAUCUUUUCUGCAGUAUGUUGUAUAGUUGCUGGUUGUUUUUUAUCACAUGUACAGUAUAUUUAUGAAGUUUGGUUGAUGUCAUUGUAGACACUGCUGAGCAAAGCCUAAUUUAUUUUCUAAAUGGAGGUAUUUGCUUAUGAUGCUGUUAGCGGUGUUAAAACAAGGAUGGACAAACUUUUAACUGUUCAGUCAUCCAUUUUGAUUAUGUCGAUAGUGUUGUCUAUUAUGUAUUGUACUCUGAUGCUAAAAAUGUAAUUUACAGCUGAAAACUGGCAUUACAGAAAAAAGAGCUUUGUUAAAAGCAUUUGUCAAGUC